GAUGCCCUACUAGGAAACCUCUUUCUCCCGAAACGGUCAUGGACACAAAACCCGUCCACAAAACUCGACUGUUAAGCAUAUCUUGGCGACUAGGGCACGAAAACACCAUCGCAUUGAUCCCCUUUUAUUGGACUUCUUCUUCAGCACUGUGUGAUAGCCGGAGUUUUCUUUUUCCAAAAUGGUGUUUUUGGUCUGUGAUUUAGGCCUAAUUCGAAACUUUUCUACUCUAGUCCCCUAGAAUCUUCGAUAUAUCUGUUAUACCAUUGUUUCCGAUUGAAGUUUUUGUCCCAGUGGUUCGUUUAAUUUCUGCAUCAUUCCUCUUUUUCGCUGUAGAAUUGGAAAAAUCUCGUUAGGUUCGUUCGGUACUCCCUUUAGUUCUAAUGAAUACCAGAGGCAGGUAUCCCCCCGGGAUCGGCAAUGGUCGUGGUGGAAAUUUUAACUCAAACCCUAACUUUCAAGCUCGAAUCCCUCAGCAACAGUACGUGCAGAGGAAUACCGUCCAAAACCAACAGCAGUUUCAGCAACAACAAUGGCUAAGGAGAAAUCCAAUGGGAAACGAUUCUGGUUCUAACGAGGUUGAAAAAGCAGUACAGUCGGAAGCCGUUGAUUCUAGUUCCCAAGACUGGAAGGCACGCCUUAAGAUACCACCAGCUGAUACACGUUACAGGACAGAGGAUGUGACUGCUACUAAAGGAAAUGAAUUUGAGGACUAUUUUUUGAAACGUGAGCUGCUUAUGGGAAUCUAUGAGAAAGGUUUUGAAAGGCCUUCUCCUAUUCAGGAAGAAAGUAUUCCAAUUGCUUUAACUGGUAGCGAUAUUCUUGCUAGAGCUAAAAAUGGAACAGGGAAAACAGCUGCAUUUUGCAUUCCUGCACUGGAGAAAAUUGAUCAAGACAAUAAUGUUAUUCAAGUUAUUAUAUUGGUUCCGACAAGAGAAUUGGCUUUGCAGACAUCACAAGUCUGUAAGGAGCUUGGGAAGCAUUUGAAGAUUCAAAUCAUGGUUACCACAGGAGGAACAAGCUUGAAGGACGAUAUCAUGCGGUUAUACCAACCUGUGCAUUUGCUGGUUGGAACACCUGGCAGGAUACUUGAUCUUGCAAAAAAAGGUGUUUGUGUCCUGAAAGAUUGCUCAAUGCUUGUUAUGGAUGAGGCAGACAAGCUUUUAUCUCCAGAAUUCCAACCUUCUGUGGAGCAUCUAAUUCGUUUUCUGCCUGCAAACCGGCAAAUUUUGAUGUUUUCAGCAACAUUUCCUGUGACGGUGAAGGAUUUUAAAGAUAGAUACCUUCUGAAGCCUUAUGUAAUCAAUCUCAUGGAUGAGCUAACCCUCAAGGGCAUAACACAAUUCUAUGCUUUUGUAGAGGAAAGGCAAAAGGUCCACUGCCUGAACACUCUUUUCUCAAAGCUUCAAAUCAACCAGUCCAUCAUAUUUUGCAACUCAGUGAAUCGUGUGGAACUGUUGGCUAAGAAGAUUACAGAGCUUGGAUAUUCAUGCUUCUAUAUUCAUGCGAAGAUGUUGCAAGAUCAUCGUAACCGGGUAUUUCAUGACUUCAGAAAUGGUGCUUGCAGGAAUCUUGUUUGUACUGAUUUGUUUACGAGGGGAAUAGACAUUCAAGCAGUCAAUGUUGUUAUCAACUUUGACUUCCCCAAGAACUCCGAGACUUACCUGCAUAGGGUUGGUCGAUCGGGAAGGUUUGGACACCUUGGAUUAGCUGUUAAUUUGAUCACCUAUGAGGACCGCUUCAACUUGUACAGGAUUGAACAAGAGCUUGGGACUGAAAUCAAGCAAAUUCCUCCACAAAUAGACCAGGGUAUUUACUGCAGGUGACAUUGGCGGGAAUCUCUCCCUCAACAAUGGUGAGUGAGGCAAAGAUCUGGCUAGUGUACACACCGAGGAAUAUAAAGUAAGUGCCCUAUAUCUGACAAGAUGUUUCCCUACUAAUGCCUGACACCCACCACAUACUCGUCACAGCUUCUGGUGGAAAGAUAGAACUGUAAUUUUCUUCUGGGAAAAUGAUGUACACACUGCUGGUAGUACACUCCCUCUCACUCUCUUUUCUCCCUCAGCAUGCGGGCUUCCCUGCAUAUAAAAUUACAAAUCAUGAGGCACUCCCUCCCGUGCACCCAUUGGCCCCCCUCCUGUAUACAAAUCGAGAUGCCAAUACACGCAGGUUGCAUUUAGAUCUCCUGCCCAUCCCCUCUCCCAUUUCUUAUAUUUGUAUUAUUGUACUAUUUGUGUUAUUUCAAAGGUCUGGAUUUCUUCAUGGGGAUCUGUCCAGCAAAUGUUGGACGGGAUGAUUUUCUUACAAUGAAGUUAAGGUGGAAAUCCAAAGUUACAUGUGCUGAACCAUCUCACUAAUUUGGCAAGUUUCUACCUGAUACCCCCACUGGCAUGUGGCUACAGUAGAGGAAGCAUCAAAAGAAGUCUGGUUGGUCUCUCAGCAAAACCAUUUUCUUACCUGUUUUGUUUUAACUCAAGGUGGGGAUGGGUAAGUUAGGCAGAAAAGCCUCUUUAGCAUAUGAAAAUAAAAUUAUUUGGAACUUCAAUUGCUAAUUCUACUGGGUUGAAGGAAUUCGUGGUAUGGGGUGUACCGCUAAUGUGGGCUGGCCUGGAGCAUCAAAUUUUCCCAGCAAAGGAGAUGCUCUACCUGAUGGUGAGUCCGAAUGUGCUGCAUCAUCAGUGGGAUGAAUUAUGGGUGGUUGUUUAUUGAAGAGAUUUGAAUAUACCUUUGUAUACGUUGUUAUUGGGAUUAGUGCAGGCUAACCUACCAAGAAACUAGUACUUCAUGAAAGGUUGAAAUAAUUAUACCUUUUCUCAUCUCUCUAGUUGGUGUCUUAUUUGAUUAUUUUUAUUAUGUUGUUCCAGGUGUCGUUAAGCUUCCUCUACCAAGAGGUGUAUCUUUGGACCGAAUCGUCGUGGUUUUUCUUGAAUCUAGCAUUCAGUGAAUUGCAGUACAGCGCAUGUGAUACUUUUUUCAUCAACAUUAUAUGCUGGAUCCUCAUGUUUUAUGGUUCUCUGCUGUAUGUGUAAACUCUGGUUUACAUAAUGCUGAAACAUGCAUUAGGCUGCAAGAAGCAGCUUUAGAAUGGUUUUAUACAUCCAGAGGAUUGGAUCUUUUGUGCUGGCUUAACAUAACUCUGUUCUUAUGUUCAUCUAGAUAUGAUUUGCAACAUGCAGAUUUUUGGUACUA